AUGGCGGAUAUCACUACCGCCAGCCCAGAUGGGCUUCAUGAACUACGGAAUCGUCAUGGCCGACAGGUUGAGAUUGUGGGGCCGGAUGGACAACACAGGAAAAUCGAUGUCGCUGAUCUUACUGAAGCCGACAAUGACCUCGCAGUCAGGUUUGGUUACAACCCUGUGUUCAAACGUGAGUUUGGAUACUUGGCAACCUUCUCCUUUGCAGUUAGUAUCAGUGGUGUGUUCGCGACCAUCAUGACCACCCUGUCAUACCCGUUGGAGGCGGGUGGCAGCAGUGCGGUGGUGUGGUGUUGGGCCAUUUCUGGUUUUGGCUGCAUGUGUAUCGCGUGCUCUGUGGCUGAAUUGGUUUCUGCUUACCCGACUGCUGGUGGUUUAUACUUCACUAUCUCUCGCAUGGCGCCCAGUAAAUGGGUUCCCUCGAUCAGUUGGGUCACCGGCUGGCUCAAUCUUAUUGGCCAAGUCGCCGGUGUGGCUUCAUCUGAAUACGGUGCUGCUCAGAUGCUUCUCGCCGCGGUUUCGAUGAGCCGGAACUUCAAUUACACCAUUACCACUGACACAACCGUUGGUGUCAUGGCUGCUUUGACGGUCUCUACUGGUGUGGUCAACUCCUUGUCGACCUACUGGAUGGAGAAAAUGACCAAGUGGUACGUGAUCUUCCACAUUGCGGUGCUGGUGGCAUGUGCCAUCGCUCUGUUGGUUCUCACAAAAGACAAGCAUGACGCAAGCUAUGUGUUCACUCAUGUUGAAUCAACAACUGGUUGGACCCCCAUCGGUUUCAGCUGGCUCUUUGGUUUCUUGUCUGUCAGCUGGACUAUGACCGAUUACGAUGCAACUGCCCACAUCACGGAGGAGAUGAGCGAGCCCGAGAAGAAGGCGCCCUGGGCUAUUUCUUUGGCGAUGCUCUUCACUUACAUUGCUGGUUUCCUCUUCAACAUCGUCCUUUGCUUCUGCAUGGGCGACGCAACUGCCAUUCUUAGCUCCCCAAUGCAGCAACCCGUGGCCCAAAUCUUUUACAACAGUCUUGGUAAGGGUGGUGGUAUGUUCUUUACCAUUGCGGCUCUUCUUAUCAUCAAGUUCGUUACCUUCACUGCUAUGCAGUCUCUCGGGCGUACUGUCUUCGCCUUCUCCCGUGACCGCAUGUUGCCUUUCUCCAACAUUUGGAUCAAGGUCACUCCCUGGACCGGUACUCCUUUGUAUGCCGUCUGGAUCUCCGUGUUCUUCUGUAUUGCGAUCAACCUGAUUGCAUUGGGAUCUUACAUUGCCAUUAGUGGUAUUUUCACCCUCUGUGCCAUUGCUCUGGACUGGAGUUACUGCAUUCCGAUUCUCUGCAAGCUGAUGUUUGGCAACUUCGAGCCCGGACCAUGGCACAUGGGAGCUCUGAGCCCUUGGGUGAACGCCUGGGCCUGUUUGUGGACGCUCUUUGUUAGCAUCAUUUUCGUCCUACCUACCGCUAUGCCCGUCCUACCGGACAACAUGAACUACGCCUGUGUUUACUUGGCCGCCGUUCUGCUCUUCUCUCUGGUGUACUGGUUCAUCCGUGGAAAGGCUGUUUACACCGGUCCAAUCACCGAGGCUAUUGCUGACGAUAUGUCCGAAGAGGAAGUUGUCAUCAACGACAAGAAGAAGGACCAUGGUCCAUCCGUCUAA